CACACACACACACUUCCGCCACGCAUACGUCACUGCGGGGCUCGUCCAAUCGUACAGCGCGUGCAGAUCACGUCACUCAGCCAGGCUGCAGUUCCCAGUCUGACCUCUAGGCGGCGAAAGGUCAAAACACAUGUGAAAUUACACAACGUAUUAUCAAAUCCUGAAGGCGGGUUUUGUAAUAAGCUGCUGCUCCUCUUCGUGGUGCUGCUGCCUCGCUGAAGGUGAGUCGUUUAAAAUCUAAAAAACGGCGUUUUGCUGCCGGUAUUUGACUUUUCGCUUUAAAUCCCACGUGUAAAAAAAGAAGCACAGAUCCGCUGCAUUCAUUUUCACGUUGGUUUGUAUACUUCCUUGCAACGCGUUGACUUCCCACAUAUUCCUUAAUUAACGGUCAAGCCCCGUGCGCGAGAGCAUCCACUGGCAUUUCCAGUGACAUUUUCUUUGAUAACUCUGAUCCAGGAACCGGCUUCUGACGUCACGGAGACCACGAUGAAGUCCUUCGCCCGUUUCUCCUCGUCCGUCAGAGCGGCUCGUCGGCCCCCCUCCUCCCCGUGUUUCCCCCCCGAUCGGGCUGCUCUCAGCCUCUGCGCUCCGUCCGGCGUGGACUCCUUGGCCAGCAGAACCGGCGCUGCGCGACCGCCGCGCGUAACCGCCGCGCGUACCUUUCACAGCACGCGCGUCACCGCAGCGGCUGUCCAGCGGGCGAGUGCGGCGGCCCCCCUCCCCGUCCCGGUGGCCGUGCCGGUGAGAACCGAGGCUGCACCGAACGUGUACCGACUUGGCGCCAGGCCGACGGCGCACCUGUCUCCUAACGUGCCGCACAUCAAGCCGCAGAGCAGCGCCGCCGCACUGGUCCACCUCCGGACUGUGAUGGAAGGGGACGUGAUCCCCGCGCUGUGCGCCAGGCUGGCGCGCAUCCCCGGCGACGAGAGGGCGGAUGGACUCGCCACUUUGCUCGGAGCGUGCGCCGAAUGCGGCCUGGAGGCCCACAGCCCCCUGGUCGUCCGGGCUGAUAAACGAGUGUCUGGAGCUCCUCUCCGGCGGGGGCGUCCGGGUGUCACAGCUGUGCCACCUGGGCGAGGCGGCGCGCGCCCUGGAAGGCCGCCGGUCCGCCCUGGUGGUGACAGAGGUCCUGGCCUCUCUCUGCGGGGCCGUGGGAGAGGACGUCGUCUCGCCGAGCGAGGCCGUCCGGAUCUACUCCCUGCUGGCUCUGUGUCACGACCCCGCCAGCCGGCGGCACAAGGUCCUGCUGUCCGCUUUGCACCGGAGCACACGGAGGCAGGUCCAGCGGCUCAACGCCAGCCAAGUCAGCGAUGUGCUGCAGUCCCUGUUGAAGUUGCAGCAGAGACAGGCCAUCCCCCUGGUGCUGAGGCUGAGUCACAGAGCGUCACAGGUCCUAAAAGAUUUUAGCGACGCUGAGUUAAUCCAGGUGCUCUCCACGCUGAUGAUGCUGGGACAUCAUAGCGAAAAGCUCCUGUCUGCUGUGGAGGAACACCUACCUGCUGGGAGGCUCGGGAAGUGCGAUCCGGAGCUGAUCAGCACCGUCAUGGAGUACUGUCUGCAAAUGAGGUGUCGCUCUGAGCCCAUCUUCGAGGCCGUGGCUGAGAACUUUGUUAACAACGCUGAGAAUCACACCACCCUUCAGAUCGCCAAACAAAUUGUCUCCAUGGGAAGACUCAACUAUCUUCCCCAGUGCUCCAGUGAGAUGUUUAAAAAGUUGGAGAGCAUUUUGUCAGCGAGGUUCGCACAGUUCCAGCCUCGCUCCCUGAUCGAGGUGUUGCACGCCUGCAUCCACCUGGAACGCUUCCCACUCAACUACAUGGCCAAAGUCUUCGGCCCGCACUUCCUACAGAGGCUGCGAGCACAGGGGGAACCAUUGGACAAGAUCGCACUGGGUCAGCUGACGCAGCUUCAUCUCUCCUCCUCGUUAGAGUGCUCUUACUACUGGGGUCCGAGACUGCCGUUCUUCCUCCACGUGAAGAAUUUCUCCUCUGUGGACCACGCCUUUGAGACACCUAUGGAGAGUCGCUUCUACAACCAGGUCAAAGGGCCACUCACAGAGAUGCUGGGGGGGAGGCUUUACAACACCAGAAUCUUUACCCGCAGUGGCUACACAAUAGAUGUGGAGAUGUGUCUGGAUGAGAAUGGAUAUGUUCUGCCUCCGUCUCAGUGGGAUCACACUUACAAGAGGAUGGCACUGUGCUUGGAUGGUGAAAAGCGGUUCUGUAGCAAAACACAGCACCUGCUGGGGAAGGAGGCCACUAAGAGGAGACACCUCCGCAGGAUGGGCUAUGAGCUGGUGCAGAUCCCUUACUUUGAAUUUGAGAAGCUGAGAACUCUGGAGGAACAGGUGCAAUAUCUUCACGACAAGAUCUUUCCCGCCAUCUUCAAGUUCAAUCACUGAUCUUCAGUUUGCCUAAAAAGUUGACUAAGGAUUCCUCAGCGCCUUUUAUUGAUUGAAGCGGUUGAUGCUUGUUGCUGUAGCUUCAUAAGCUUUUACAGGCUAUUAUCACGGUUACACUAACUGGAGCAAGCUUGUGAAAAUAGUACUGCCCAUUGUUGUAUUCUGGUCAUUUAUUAUUUAUCAUUUUGACUAUUUAUAUGAUCAAUGUGAACACGAAACAGGAGUUUUCAAGCGGUGGUGUUUUUUUUAACCUUUGUCCGGUGGUGCCUGACUUUCUUUGGGAUCGGGAAAAUAAUGUGACCUCAUUAACUGACUAAGAUACUUGAGAUGUUUGAAUUGAAAUGAAAUGUACAAAUGUGUGACUUGAAAUAUGCUUUUAGUAUAAGAUACACCAUAAACUGCCUUAAAUAUUUA